AGCGUGACACCCGAAAGUGGAAACCCAUCAACUACUUCACGUUGUCAUAAUCCGACUAAACCAGGGCCAACGUGGAGACGGCGAUUUUAAUCCACUUCUUGCUGUUGUGCAUCCUCUUAUGUGAACAACCAACAGAGAAGGACCCGCAGCCAUGUAUCCAGCGAAACCCUCUCAAGCAUCCCUGUUCCAGGUGUACCUCCGCCUUCGUCCACCUAUCUCCCAGCAAGAUGACCAGCCCGAACGAUGCUUAACCGUCGAGUAUCCCGAACCUAAGGACGUUGUUGAUAAUGGCCAAGGAAGCCCUAUCCCUACCGCAACUCACAUUAUCUUGCAACCGCCAAGUGAUGCUAGGAAACGCGCAGUUGAGAAAUUUGGAUUCACCAAGGUUUUCGAAGAGUCGGCUUCUCAGUUAAAUGUGUUCGAGGACACAGGACUCGAUUCCAUUAUAAAGGGAGUAUUGCUAGAAGGAAGAGAUGGACUGGUCGCUACAUUAGGUGUGACAGGGAGUGGAAAGAGUCACACCAUCUUGGGCUCAAAGACCCAAAGAGGCCUUACGCAGAUGAGUCUUGAUGUGAUUUUCAAAUCGUUGGCCUCGACAAUCAAGCCGCCUGACAACUCAAUCAAUCCCAUUCUCCUGUCCUCGGUUGCGGCAUCGGACCAGUCCGAAUCGCAGAUAUUCACGGCGCAAGCGUUUAUUGAAGCUGUAUAUGGAGACCAAAGCGCCGACCGUGGUAGGAAUUCUAGAGCACAAACCCCAAUGAGCUCUGGAAGAGCUCAAACUCCCCUGACGGAACCGGCUCCCGCAAUUGUUUUCCCCCGUCGCAAUCUGCCGCAGCGGCCAAAUGUUCCACCUCGUUCGCCUGAUAUUGACCACCUUACACUGGAAUUAAACCCGAAUUCCGAGUAUAUUGUACUGGUAUCGAUGUAUGAAGUCUACAAUGAUCGUAUCUUCGAUCUAUUGUCACCCACUAUAGUCCCAGGUCAAGGGAGUACCAUGUCACGAGGAGGAGCUAGUCAGAAGGAUCGACGAAGACCCCUUCUUUUCAAAUCUACUGAAGGGUCCCCCGACAGAAAGGUCGUCGCGGGUUUGCGCAAGAUAGCUUGCACUACUUACGAGGAGGCACUAGCGAUCCUAGAAGUUGGGCUGACUGAGCGCAAAGUCACGGGUACUGGCGCAAACAGCGUGAGCUCACGGAGCCAUGGAUUCUUCUGUCUUGAAGUCAAGAGAAGGAUGCGUAACAAGAGAACGGGAGAAGAGACAUGGAUGGGAAAUACACUUACAGUGGCAGACCUUGCUGGCUCUGAGCGUGCAAGAACCGCCAAAACUGCUGGAUCUACUCUUGCCGAGGCGGGCAAAAUCAACGAAAGCCUAAUGUAUCUCGGUCAAUGCUUACAGAUGCAGAGCGAGAUACAAGAGGGGAAGACUGCCCUAGUUCCAUUCAGGCAAUGCAAACUCACAGAGCUGCUCUUCUCGAACUCUUUCCCGUCAUCUAACCAGGCACCUGGUCCCAGUCGUCAUCCACAAAAGGCGAUCAUGGUAGUCACGGCGGACCCCCUUGGGGAUUACAAUGCAACUUCCCAAAUCUUGCGCUAUUCAGCUCUGGCCCGUGAAGUUACCGUGCCUCGAGCCCCAUCUGCGACCGAGUCUGUCUAUUCUGCCACUGUUGAACCUCGUAUAUCUUCCACUAGCGGACGCGACACGCCAAAUAUGGCUACCAGUGAAGAACUCGAGAGAGCGCUGGCCGAAAUCAGUAGAUUGACGAAGGAGAAUGAAACACUUACUGUGAGACUAGCAGAAGAAGAGAUCAUGAGAGCAGAAUUAGAAAUGAGGCUUAGGUCUAGUGAAGAAGCGUGUCUCAUGGUUGAGCAGGAAGUACGCGAAGAGUGCUGGGCUGAAAUGGAUGAGAGAAUGGAAGAAGAAAGAAGGAGAUGGCAAAAUGCUCUAGAAGAGCAGGCUGGUCAUAAUGAUGAUCAUCUUGACAAGAAAAUUGAGCUACUGUCCCGUGGCUUUCAAGUCCACGCAGAUCCUGAGCCUUCGAGGGAUGAGAAGGUGGAAGAACUGGAGUUUGAAAUUGACCAGCUUCGCAGUAAAGUCACAUCAUUGGAACGUGAACUGGCGUGUCGAUCCCCUACAAAGAAAUCCAGAACUAAGAACACACUUGAACCAUCUCGCAACUCCAACAUUCUUGGUCGCGAAAGUGAUAUUGAAACGGCACUCCAGCGGAUGGAUCAGUUGAAACUGGCAGACACUAUGUUCUCUCCUGUUCCACCGUCAGCCUCCCCGGGCAAGCGGCUGAGAAAGAUGACCACCAGGAAAUGGGAUUUCGCUCCCGAGGAAGAUAUCUAAACCCCUGGAUACCUUCCAGGAAGCUGGGGAUUAAAGAUUUGACGCACUUACUUCUUUUAUCCGUCUUCCUUUACCCGGAAUGUUGAAACGCAUGCUCACUGUACAUUAUAAGAAGAUGGUCAUCGGCGUUGUGGGUUGAUAAAUGGUGGGGGGGCGAGGAUACGGUCUUUUAUGUAUAAAUAUUAAUUUAUUUUGUUUAUUAUGAAACUAACCCUAAACAUAUGUGUCCUAGCAUAACACCUCUUACCAAAGCAAAGCAGAUGCAAAUGAUGGAUAUAGUACAGCCAUUCAAAUUUGCCUUAUGGUAAAAAAAGUCAUUAAAAGCUUCCCGAGCUUCAGUAUCUCAGACAUCCAUAGCCUCAGAAUCGGAGACAUGAUCGCUUUCCUGCUCAGCCUCAGCAGUGGUGGGUUGCUCAGGUUCUUCAACCCCGUCAUCAUUGUCCAUCUCGCCUUCAUGCUCGCUGUCACCUUCCCCUGCUCUUUGCUCCACAGCGGCCUCGUUAUAUUCUUCGCCUGCGACUUCUCCC